AUGCGCAGCUUAGCAACAGAAAAUGAGUUAGUUGAGUCUAUCGAACUUCCUUUUCAGUCAUCAGAGGGCAGGGAAAUUAUGGGGCUAGCAAUUGGAAAUCCCAAUGCGCCGAUGGCAGUCUAUAUCAAUGUGGGUAUUCACGCGCGAGAAUGGAUCGGGCCGGCUUCUGUGAUGUUUGCUAUCGAUCAGCUCUUACUGGACGUGAUUGAAACACCGAGUUUAUUUCAGAAAACACGCAUGUACAUAACACCUGUCUCAAAUCCCGACGGAUAUGAAUACACCUGGACUGCGACUUCCACGAACCCAUCUCCACGCAUGUGGCGAAAAAAUCGACGUAAGUCAUCAGAAAAGUUCGUCGAA